AUGCCUUCUGUCAAACACCUGUUUGUUAUCCACCUUGCAUUAACGGUGGAACGUGCACUCCAGCUGCCAGUGGACCAACAAAUCCAAAUUCCUGCACAUGCAUCUCAUACUGGACUGGAAACUACUGUCAAACACCUGUGUGUUCUCCGACUUGCAGCAAUGCUGGAACAUGUAUGCGCAGUCUCAGCGGUUACAAUUAUCCCAAUUAUUGUGCGUGCAACGCCUACUGGUCAGGAAGUUAUUGCCAAACACAGGUUUGUUCGCCUGCUUGCAUCCAUGGUGGAACGUGUUCAGUUGGUCUCAGUGGACCGACAAAUCCGAAUUAUUGUUCCUGUAUUUCUUACUGGACAGGAAGUUAUUGUCAAACGCCUGUAUGUUCACCAGCUUGCAUCAACUCUGGUACCUGCACACCUAGUAGCAGUGGUUAUACUUAUCCCAAUUAUUGUACGUGCAACUCCUAUUGGACUGGAACUUAUUGUCAGACAGCUGUGUGUUCCCCAGCAUGUAUUAAUAGCGGUACAUGCACGGCUUCAGCAAGUGGAUCAACGACUCCAAAUUAUUGUAGUUGCGUGGCAAACACUUGGACAGGAAGUUACUGUCAAACACGUAUGUUAUGCGUUUUUUACCUCACUGCAUCAUAUUGUUUCAGGGUUACUUUUGCACAAAAGUCGACGAUUGUAAAACUAACAAGAGAAGCUAUAUAUCGUUUCUUUUGGUAGACAUUAAGUUGAAAAUCCAUCAACCGAAUUUAUGCUUACGAAAUUAAUCUCCGGUCUAAGAAAUCGAAUACCUGCUACCAAAGCUCUCAUCUUCUAUCAGGGCUCUUGGAUAAUGUAGUAUAAAUUGACUAAGGAACUAUCUAUCCCGGCUCAAAAAUGAUAAAGCAAACAUAUGAGUUUUAACCAUCGGUGAGACGGGUGUUUGUAUCCGAUUGCCGUUAGCUGAUAUAAUUUAGGUUAUGUUUUCAAGUGAUCGUAGAAGUUUUGAUGAAACCCUUUUCUCAUCCAAACAUUUCAGUAGGUUUAAGAAAAUUCGUUCUUACAGUAGCGCUCUUAUUGGCGUCAUAAGCACUAAUUACAACAUGAUGCACCACCUAGCGUAUUCUAUAUAAUGAAACUCAGAAUUACUGAAACGAACUGAUAAAUCUGGGAACACAGGUACGUUUCGGUAAUUCUGGCCCACUCUUUAUACGUCAGACGUCACUAAAAUAACUCGGUGAUCCGACCGUCAGUGGUGGUCGCCCAUCCACUUACUAAUCGUCGUUCUGAUGUUUUAUUUAGUUCAACUCCUGUGCAAAAAGCUAGGGAUUUAUAUAAAAUACAAAAAGAUUUUACAGAGUGCAUAUAUUCACAGUAUUUCCACCAUAGUCUUUUAUUUUUUAUAUAGAAAAAUGUUCAAUAUGUUUUCACAGAGAAUUAGUUAGCACUAUCCAUUCCAAAAUACAAGACCCGUGGGUAUUUUUUGAAUAACUUUUGAUAGGAAUGAGAUAGAGACCUGCGAUUUUCGCUGUUCAAUAGCCAAGACUUGAGCAGAACUUUUCACAAGCGAAAGCAACUUUUGAAAAAAUUCCAGAGAUCGGGUUUUCAGAGGAUCUUUGGAAAACCAGCUCCGUUCUCAGAAAACUAACAUACAAUGUUAGUAAUUUUUUUGCAUGUGUAGAUAGUUCGGACGUUACUCUACAAAACUAUGCAAGUCCCGGUUCUCUAGCUAUCGUCGUUCGGGCAGGACUCGCUUUCCCCAAGCAAGUGUCUAUCUCCGAGCAGACAUCUCUGGGAAUCUCAAAAUGCCGUGGACUAUAGGUAAUCGACUACGCUGAGCAUAGUAGCAACAUUUGUUUUUGUGUAGAAAUGAAUAUAACUUCGCCAGAGGCAUUGUUGUGAAAAACCGGUUUUUCGCCUGUUACUAGCAAAAAUUAAAAUCCUUAUAUCUCGAUCAAAUCUCAUACUGACUCAAGGAAAUUUUCAAGAAAGGCUUAAAAGGUGCCAUAUGUUGGUGACCACGCCGAAAACGUGAUUCAGCAGAACACUGAUGCUCGGAGGUUUUUCAGAAGGUUUCUGGAAAACCUUAAGUCAAUGCCCAGCUCACAUUCACCUUUUUCGUCUUCGAUUAUGUUUUAUCAGCUGUCCUGAGCGUUUUCUGAAAAUUUCCUUGAGUCUGCAUGAGAUUUGAUCGAGAUAUA